ACCGUCCCCUCAUCGCAAAAGGUGGGACGGAUGAAUCUUUUUAUUCUCAUCUGUCUCCACGUGGGGACAGAGCGGGCGACGGUUGUGAAUAAUCCCAAGAGGUAGGCAUAAUAAAGAUUCAGAAAUAAAUAAAUGUGAAAUUUGAUUAACUAAAACCCUCUCAACCCAACUUUGAGUGCAACUGAAGUGUCCCAAUUCUCUAUGGAAAGGUACAGGGACUGAUUUAUGAUACAGAUGUACAACACACAAAACUACACACGGCUUCUACAAGCGUUCCCUCGCUGAUUGCCAGAAAGCAGCAAAAUCUCCAGGUUCCUCUGAAGCUGGGCCUGCCGCUACUGGUAUUUUAGGUUAUGGAGGAUUUCCUGUCGUCAAACAUUUCCUAUGCGAGGACUGCGGCCGGUCGUAUCUGCAUUGGACGUAUCUACAAGUUCAUCGUCGUAUGAAGCAUGCUAAUGAGAAUUUUCUAUACAAAUGUAACCAGUGCGACCUCACCUUCCCUAACAGUUGGAGUGUGGCAUAUCACAGAAAGAAGAUGCACGGCAAGAGUGGACCCGAGGACGGCGGUGGUACCACAAAAAUCGCUAGAGAUGACUAUAGGAUACCCUGUCGGGAUUGCAGCAUGGUGUUGCCAAACAAAACAGCACUUUACGCCCAUAGACAGAAGGAGCAUAGUGAUGUGACACUUUCUAUGAGUGAUGAACAAGGUGCUGACGCGCAAGUGCGUACGCACGCGCCGCUAGCGACCUCCUGCAGCAAGUGCGGACAUAACUUCAAUGAGCCUAGCGCUCUGCAGCGACAUCUUAAAGAGGUCCACGGACACGAAGGGGAGGCCCGGGGUGAGCGUGGUCGUGCCCACGCGUGUGCAGUAUGUGGCCGCGCAUUCCGCUCCGCCUCCGUACGGAAUGAACACCUGCGUGUCCACACCGGAGAGCGGCCAUACCCCUGUGAUGUCUGCGGGGUUGCAUUCAGACGUUCGACAGCAAUGCGUAAUCACCGGCUGAUUCACUCCGGUGUUCGCGCGUGGGCGUGUGCGCGCUGUCCCAAGCGGUUCCGUAUCCGCUCUGAUCUGCGCACGCAUAUGCGACUCAAACAUCCCACAUAUAUGAUCGUGUUUGAGAUGAAAGGUUUGAACCCUACAUAUGAAGAGAUAAUGCAACACAUUCGAGAUAACAACAUCACUCACGGACGCAUCGUGGAGAUCACAAAGAUGUCCUUUGAAAAGGGUACAAGCAGUAUAGUGCCGACGACAGCGCGGGCCCUUUCGCUGUUAGGACAUGUUCCGCGCACUAAGAUAACAUGCGAACCUCCCACACCUGUUAAUAUCGAUAUGUUCCAACCAGCACGCCGUGGUCGUGGCAUAGCUAAAAACCCCAGAAGACCUAAGAUUUUACAAGGAGUCCACGAGGAAUCAGAGUUGGACCCUAGUGCUUACACCGUGCCUAUCGCUUGCAGUACUGGGGGAGAGGAGUUGCCAGAAUUGAAUGUGGAACUGCUAAACGAGGGCGCGCUGCACAGCGGCCAAGUGGUACAAAUACAGUUAGACGACAACAUCUGGAAUAAAGCUCAGUAAUUCUGUUGUCUACUGGCAAUUAUUUAUUCUAUAUCUAUAUGCUAGCUGUGGGCUUAGAAAGGUACACAGGGGACAUUUGUAGCCCUCUUAUUCGGCUUCAAUUUUAUGUUCCGUGUAACAUGACUCUUACGCCCUUAGCAUAAGGUUUUAUUUUACUUUAACUCCAUGGAUUAUUCCCAACCGUCACGCCACUUUGUCCCCACGACAGAUGAGAAUAAACCUUUUGAGACGAGGGGACUUGUAACUUAUUUUAUUUCAUAACGGUUCCAUCUUUCACCAUAUAGGUGAUAGUGGGACUAAAAGGUGGGACUGAUCAAACUUUUUAUUCUCACGUGGGGACAGAGCGGGGUGACGGUUGGGAAUUAUCCAACUGCAUGUACAGAUAGAGCUCAUUCCUGUUGUACGUAGUACUUAUUACUUCCAUGGCCAUUACAGAUAACAUAAUUAUUUUUUUUACCAUCGA